AUGGCGGAUUCUAGUGAAAAAACGAAUGGGGCUUCGAUCGAGGGUGCAGGGGACAGUGAAAACAUUGGGUUUCAUACAAAAAUCAAGAAAAAUUCCCAUCAAGAAAAGGGAGAAGUGACUCUUUACAUUGUUUUCAACAAUUUGAUCAACGCAAUUUUCUUUAGGAGACCAAAUUCAAGUUAUGCUUCUGCUCCUCUGCUGCACCGGAUCAAAGGUUCCGUUUCUGAAAAUAUUCCUCUGCUUCCCGACGCUUCGAGGAACACUGGUCGCCAUGUUCUUUCCUGGGCUCGCCGUGGCAGCCCCUUCCGCCUCCUCCUUGUCAUCUCUGUCGGGACUAUUUUCCUCCUCACAUUGACUGGAUUGCUAGUAUUUAUGCUUUUCUUUGCUGCAGCAACUGUCAAUGCCAUUGUCAUUUCUCUUUUCAUGUCCUUAGUGGCAGCAGGAGGGUUCUUGGCUCUUUUCUUUGCCUGUGUUGCAGCCAUUUAUGUUGGCGCACUGUCAGUAGCUGUAUGUGUCAUUUCCACAGCAACAAUUUUAGCUGUUACUGCUGUUGUUAUAGCUACAGGUUGGAUUGGAUUCUUCUGCACCGUAUGGCUGGUGACAAAGAAAAGCAUAUGUUUAGCCCAGCAUUCCCUUAACGUUACGGGAUCAGCAAUUUCAUCUUACUCUUCUAAGAGGCGUGUUUCACACCACCCUGAAUUUAAAAAAAUGGAAUGA